AUGCGUGUCUCGGUUAAUCAAACGAUCGGCGUGCAUACAUACGAUAGAGUUAUCAGGACCGCCGUCCCCCUAUCUAACACUCAUCUGAUGUAGAUAGAAUUAUCUCACCACCGAGGCUGCGAGGCAAGUACCUACAUAUCUACGUAAACCAGUAAUAUUUUAUGUUAUAUCUUGUGUUUGGUAUAAAGAUGACAUUUUGGUUCUGAAGAAAUUUCAACAGUUGUAUACGGACUGAGAGCUGGGGGAUCCUUCUCUCCCGGGUUUACUGGAAAGUUUACACUACAAGUAUACAAAAUAAUAAACAUGGAUCCGACAGACGUGAAGGAUAUUACGGAACUCAGGGGAGUUCUUCACUGUCAGGAGGAAGGUUUCGUCCCAAAGAAAGAGCCAUGUUCUGUCAGCGAGGAAAACGAUUCAGACGACGAAUCCGACGAUGUACCGACGACGACAUCGUCGAUGAGCCCCGACUCGCCUUCGUCUACUCAGAAAGGCGCGAAGAAGGCGGGCGUCGGAGUUCGACGGCAGGAAAAGCCGCCAUAUUCUUACAUUGCUCUCAUCGUUAUGGCUGUACAAGCCUCACCAAACAAACGUUGUACAUUAAGUGAAAUUUACCAGUUCUUACAACAAAGGUUUCCGUUUUUCAGAGGUGCUUAUCAAGGAUGGAAAAACUCCGUCCGACACAAUUUGUCUCUUAAUGAAUGUUUUAUCAAGCUUCCGAAAGGUCUCGGUCGACCGGGAAAAGGACACUACUGGACUAUUGAUCCGGCGGCAGAGUUUAUGUUCGAGGAAGGGUCGUUUAGAAGACGACCAAGGGGAUUCCGAAGGAAGUGUCAAGCGUUGAAGCCUUUCGGAAUGUUGGGAGUUAAUAGUAUGGGAGGCAAUCCUAGUAUAAUGGGGACACAUUAUGACAUUUUUCAUCAAAAUGCCAAUAUGGCGUCGAUGGCAGCGAUGCAGACGUGUUCCGUCGCUGCUUCGACACAGAACUAUGACACAAGUGGGAUGGUGAGUCCUCAAAAUGGAGCAAGUUUACAACACCAUGCAAGCUAUCCCCCGAUACCGCAACAUAACAUGUCGUCAAAUGUCAACUGUGGUGGAUUCUGUAACAUGGCCGUCAACGUGAGCGGUCGAUACGGGCCGAGUUGUGCGAUGGCCGGAAUGGACGGUACAGACUAUACAGCUACGGCCAAUUUGACCAACGCCAUGUACGACCGUGACCACUCCAUGCAAGGAGUUCUCCCACCUACAUCUUGGUCCUCACAGCGUUACAUCAAACAGCCCCUGAGUCCGGCUGGAAGUACCGGAUCUGUUCCUAGUAUGUCGCCUUCCUCUUCCGGUGACCACUCGCCCUACGGUCACGUUCCGACCGCGUCGACGGAACCCAUGGACCUCGCAUUAGCAGGCAUGCGACUUCCUCCUCAAAGUUAUAAUCAAAACACAUCAUGUGACAGGAAGUCAUAUUUUCCCUACGGUACCAACGGUAUGAAUGCAACCCUUCACCAUUCUCCGUAUUUCGAGAAAUGUGCGAUGUGAUCACGUGAUUCUUGGGCGCUUCAUCAUCAAAUGUCAUUACCCAUGUCAAUCAUCUGUCUACCCAUCAGGUGCUCAACUGGACAUGCCCCGCAAGGAUAAAUUGGAAAUGACCAAUCAUUGUGGAGUAUGUUGACUAUGUAAUUUAUUUUUCUACUUACUAAAGAUGCUAUAUCUCUGACCAAGAGGAAUUACUCUCUAUUGAAGCAAGAUAAGAUUGUUGUAUAUUUUUAUACAAUGCCAAAAGCUAUAAAAAAUACGCUAUAACCAUCCUCCGAAAGUGAAAUGUCAAUUAGAUAUAUUUCUAUAAUAUAGGGGUCGUUUUAUAUUUUUUAUGAGAAACAGUGUGGACCUUGUCGGCGAUGCAGCAUCUUUAAAUAUGAAAUGAUUGUCGAGUGUCGUAUAUUUUGUGCAAGACAAACCAUACCCAAACAUUGUCAAAGUUCAGAUACUCUCCUUUCACCAUGAAAUCAGUGGACCUAUAUUUUCUAAUGUGGACAACGACGAAAGGAAAACUGUUCUUAUGAAUUAAUGUGUUGGUACGCCGACUUUGGGACUUGGUUGUCAUGGAGCAGUUCACAAACAUCAAAGAAUGACCUAUCUACGUGAAGUCUCGUUCCGUGAAGUCUCGUUCUGUGAACUCUCGUUCUGUGAUCUCGUAUUCAUGUGACACGCGGAAAUACAUUUUUACCUACAUGUGUAAAUGUUGUGAAGCUGUGAACGUAUUUUUUUUAAUAUACAAUUAUGUUGUACAUAUAAAUAUCUAUAUUAUAUUGUUAGAAUUAAAAAAAAACCUAAAAUG